AUGUCUGAACAGGAAAAACCUUUGGAUUUGAGCUGCCGAAAGGAACAUGAAUCAGAAACACCAGAGAGUGUAAAGCUUCGGCGACGUUUGCCGUGUCAGACCUGCGGAAAAAGCUUCGACAGGCCUUCCUUAUUAAAAAGGCACCUCAGAACGCAUACAGGAGAAAAGUCGCAUGGUUGUACGGUUUGCGGAAAAAUGUUUAGCACCUCGAGUUCGCUAAAUACGCACGCAAGAAUACACACGGGCGAGCGACCGCACAUGUGUCCAAUAUGCGGUAAGCGCUUUACAGCCUCCUCAAACUUGUACUACCACAGGAUGACGCACUACAAGGUAAAACCUCACAAGUGUUUGGAGUGUGAACGAUCUUUCCCGACCCCGGGCGAUUUAAAGGCGCACAGCUAUUUUCACACAGGAAACUGGCCCAUGAGGUGUCCCACUUGUCACAGAGGCUUUUGUAAAAAGCGUAUUUUACACCAGCACACCAAGCUCUACAGUGGUUUGUGUUCGAAACAGUGCAAUACUUGCAAGAAAAAAUUCACUUCAAUAGCUAAUUUGAGAUCACACGUGUGUCUAUAG